GUUUGGACGUGGGAGGGAGGAAGCAGCAGAACAGUUUCUGAUCUGAAGACUCAGAAACCAACCAAAAAAAAAAGGACCUUCAAUUUUCCCCAGCUUCUUCUUCUUCAUCUUCCCCAACAAAAAACCCUAGAAUUCCCAAUCCCACGCCCAUAUUCAUAAAUUCAUUAUAUUCAUUUUCACAUAAACAAUCAAUUCAUUUCUUCUUCCACCGAAUUGAAUUGAAUCGAAUCGAAUCGCCCACAUUCCGAUUCUAAAGAUGUCUCUGAACAUGAAAUCCAUAACCCAAGCCCUAGCGAAGACCGCCGCCGUGAUCGAGAAGACCGUCCAGACCACCGUCCAGGAGGUGGCGGGCCCCAGGCCUCUCCAGGACUAUGAACUCCUCGACCAGAUCGGCUCCGCCGGCCCCGGCCUCGUCUGGAAGCUCUACUCGGCCAAGGCCGCGCGUGAAUCCACUCGCGCCCACAACCAGUACCUCACCGUCUGCGUCUGGGUGCUCGACAAGAAGACCCUGUCCGAAGCGCGCGCACGCGCUGGCCUGUCGAAGGCGGCAGAGGACGCAUUUCUGGACGUCGUGAGGGCGGACGCCGGGCGGCUCGUGAGGCUCCGCCACCCCGGCGUGGUCCACGUGGUGCAGGCGCUGGACGAGAACAAGAACGCCAUGGCCAUGGUCACUGAGCCGCUUUUCGCGUCGGUUGCGAAUGCGCUUGGGAAUGUGGAGAACAUUGCCAAGGUGCCUAAGGAGCUCAAGGGGAUGGAGAUGGGACUGUUGGAGGUGAAGCAUGGUUUGCUCCAGAUAGCAGAAUCUUUGGAGUUUCUACAUAGUAAUGCUCGGCUUAUACAUCGAGCAAUAGCACCCGAGAAUGUUCUUAUUACAUCAAGUGGAGCUUGGAAGCUUGCUGGAUUUGGUUUUGCUGUAUCCACAGAUCAGGCCACAUCUGACACGGCUAAUUUGCAGCCUUUCCAUUAUGCGGAAUAUGAUGUUGAGGAUUCUAUACUGCCACUUCAGCCAUCAUUGAACUACACUGCUCCAGAACUUGUUAGAAGGAAAUCGGCUUCAGCUGGAUGUCCAUCUGAUAUUUUCAGUUUUGGAUGCCUUGCCUACCACUCGAUUGCUCGCAAAUCUUUAUUUGAUUGCCACAAUAAUUUCAAAAUGUACAUGAACACCUUAACUUACUUAUCCAGUGAAACAUUUUCCUGUAUUCCAUCGGAGUUGGUUCCUGACUUGCAAAGGAUGCUUUCUGCAAAUGAGGCUUCCAGGCCAACUGCAAUAGAUUUUACAGGUUCUCGAUUUUUUCUGAAUGAUACUAGGUUGCGUGCUCUUCGCUUCCUCGACCAUAUGCUUGAAAGAGAUAACAUGCAGAAGUCUGAGUUUUUGAAAGCAUUAUCAGAUAUGUGGAAAGAUUUUGAUUCUCGUGUCUUGCGGUAUAAGGUACUUCCGCCCCUUUGCGCAGAACUUAGGAAUUUGGUAAUGCAACCCAUGAUUCUACCAAUGGUUCUCACCAUAGCAGAGGCUCAGGAUAAAAAUGAUUUUGAGCUAUCAACACUACCGGCUCUUGUUCCUGUUCUGAGUACUGCAGUGGGUGAGACACUGUUGCUUCUAGUUAAGCAUGCAGAACUUAUAAUCAACAAGACUAAUCAGGAGCACUUGAUAUCACACGUCUUGCCCAUGAUCGUUCGGGCUUAUGAUGACAAUGAUGCUCGCAUACAGGAGGAAGUUCUGAGAAAGUCUGCUUUCCUUGCUAAGCAACUGGAUGUUCAGCUAGUAAAACAAGCAAUAUUACCUCGUGUGCAUGGAUUGGCUCUUAAAACAACAGUUGCAGCGGUAAGAGUCAAUGCAUUGUUAUGUUUGGGAGAUUUGGUUUCUACGCUUGAUAAACAUGCUGUUCUGGAGGUCUUGCAAACUAUUCAUCGUUGUACAGCAGUUGACCGUUCUGCUCCUACCCUUAUGUGCACUCUUGGGGUUGCAAGCACAAUUCUUAAGCAGUAUGGAGUCGAAUUUACUGCGGAGCAUGUACUUCCAUUACUCACGCCUCUUCUCACUGCCCAACAACUAAAUGUUCAGCAGUUUGCCAAAUAUAUGCUCUUUGUCAAGGAUAUCCUCAGGAAGAUAGAAGAAAAACGAGGAGUUACCGUGACAGAUUCGGGAAUUCCUGAGGUUAAAUCAUCUCCUCUUGCAAAUGGGCUACAGUCCCAAUCCUCAAGCAGAACUACGGGAAACACUACUUCCACGACAAAGAAAACUCCUGCAUGGGAUGAAGAUUGGGGUCCCGCUCCAAAACAAUCUUCUCCUUCCGUCCAAAAUUCUGUGAACAGUAUCAUCAGCUCCACUCUGCCUAUGGGAAUUGAAUCGGUUUUCGUAACUUCACAACCGUCCCAAUCCUUGCUGAUUUCUACGGUUUCUAACCAUCAACCACCCUCAUCAUGUCCUCCAGUUGAUAUAGAGUGGCCUCCUCGCCAAUCUUCUGGGGCUACCCCUCAAAUUGGUGAUUCUGAAAAGCAAUUGAACAUGGGUGCAUCGUCCAAUUCAAAUUUCGAUGAUAUAGAUCCUUUUGCCAAUUGGCCCCCUCGGCCUAGUGGCUCAGCAAGUGGUAUUGGGGCUUCUAACAAUGGCAUUACUGGGUUGUCAAUGACAAAAUAUGGUUCCAGUUCAAUCUCAAAUACAUCAAACAGCAUGAAUUCCCAGAGCAACAACAGCACUAGUUGGGCCUUCAACGCUCUAAGUUCUGCUGAACCGAUGAGACAGAAUCAAGGCAAUUCCGUGGCCACCGGUAGUUUGGGGAGUCUUAAUUCGCAAAAGGGGAUGACUGCAUCAAACACUUACACUGAGAAGAAAGCGACAGAUAUCGGGUCCAUUUUUGCUUCCAGCAAGAAUGAGCAGACGGCACCUAGGCUUGCUCCUCCCCCAUCAACUGCUGUGGGCAGGGGAAGAGGAAGAGGAAGGGGGGUUGUCGCGGCCUCUCGGUCUAGCCAAGUCAAAUCACCAUCAGAACAGCCACCCCUUUUAGAUCUCCUAUAAUAGGCUGAUUGCACCAUCUUAUCAUUUUGUAUGUAAAGAGAAAAAGAAAACAGAGAACAAGAGAUUUUGGGAUCAGCCCUUGUUGUGCAACAAUCCGGUACCAUAUGGAGAUUGAUUUUGUAAAAUAUACUGAGGUCAUCGGUUACAUAUUUUGUACUUUCUAGCCUGGGCAACUGCAGCAUCUCUGGGGUUGGCAAUGAUGUGUUGUGAAAAUGGUUUGUUUUUCUUCUCAUGUAGCUUAUUGUGACUUGUCCCAUACAGUUUUUGCAUUUAAUUGCUUCCCUUCUCCCCUCUUCUAAAUUUCAUGUUUAAUCAGUACAAUUUUGAUGUUUAAAACAUAUUCUUGUAAUACUGUAUUAUUAGAGACUGUCCUAGUUGCCACAACUGGGCAUAGAAAUAAUAAAAGUUUGAAGUUGGCCAA